AUGUUCCGGCAUAUUCUGAUUCUCACUAUUCUUUCAUGUGUAUUGGCUUAUCAUCAAUACCGUGAGUUGAAAUGCUCCACUCCAACCAACUCAAUCCGUGGAGGACCAGAUCGUGCUGAAUGUCAUUUGGUGUUGAAGGCCGAGGAGCUUGAGACCGGAAGACCAGUUCCAACAGGACUCGGAUGCUGGCAGGAGGACCACGACGGUGAGGAGCGUGAAUACUGUGACAUCGUGUGCCCAAAAUCUCACACCGUCUUCAUUUCCUACAUCGAUCAAGGACAUCGUGCCUGCUUCAACUUCAUCACCUACCAAGUCGAGAAGCGUAACGAUGAGCACGUCAUCUGGCGUUCCGGAAAAUGUUUGAACUCGACCGUCAACUACCGUAUCGGAUGCAAGUUCGACGAUCCAUUCGAGACCCAAUUCAAGUCUGACAACGAGAUCUUCGCUCAUUUGAGAGCUCGUGCUCGCAGAGUUUAG